AUGAGUGACAAUUCUCCAUGUUUUCCGUUGAACAGAAUUCAACAAAACCUUUUUCAUCCAAGCGGCGCUUUCUAUCAUCAUCCCCAAAUGGUACCAAAACCACAUUACAGAGAAAGAGUUACGUCUGCUGGUGCAGCUGAAGUUCCAAAGAUCUUAGGAAAACGAAAGCCUGGCGCUUACGACUCUGAUGAAUCAAUGGGUGAAAGCAAAACUCCUCCAAGCUCGCCCACUACACAAGAAAUGGAAAAAGAAUAUUCCUUAGUAAAGAGAACAAAGAUGAGCAACGAGAAAGAAUUUCCUCUAAGUAAACUUUUAGCAACACUUGAUAAGCCACAACUGCUAUCACUGAUAAAUAAUCUUAUAGAUGCUCAUCCAAAUUUGCAGUCGGAAAUCGCUUCAAACAUUCCUCGACCAACAAUUCAAUCUGUAACAAAUAUUUUGACGAGUAUGGAAAAGAAAUAUCUGGACAGUUUUCCUUAUACCAAAUGGGGUCAAUCAAAAGAUGAUUAUAGUUUUAAUCGCGUCAAGCCUGCCCUUAUAGAACUAAAGGGUGCCAUUUUAGAUUACGCUGCCCAUUUCACAUCACCCGAGGAAUUUCCAAUCACUACAUUCUCCUUUCUUCACCUGGCUACUUUUUAUGCUCAUAGAUUACCGGAAUGGGAUAACAGUUCACACAAUGAACUUAAACAUGAUAUAUAUGUCAAAUUGUCUAAUUUUUGGAAAAAAGCUAUCAUUAAUGCCGCGAGCAAACUAAGAGAGGGAAAAAUAUAUGGCCAAAUGGUCGUUAAUGAAUGGGCGAAAAACCUCGCUCAACAUGAUCGCGAUUCUAAUGGUAUGUUCCGACAAGCUCUUGAUGAAUUUACCCAAAAGUUAGGCUGGAUUAUUGGACUUCAAAGUGGGUCGACUUUAUUACCACCUUUUGCUUCUGGAAAUGGUG